UCCAGACGCGUGAGUCCUUGCGCGCAGCUAGAGGUGCCAAAUUGCGGAAAGGAGGUGGACGAGUGACAGCUCCUGCUCAAGGGGGACAUUUAUUUUUGACUGAUUUCUCACCGGAUUCCUGCUAAGCUGUCUGCCUCGUCUUCUGAGAUUUGACUGUCAGAGUUGGGACAUGGCUUUCCCUCAGCUGGGGUACCCCCAGUUUGUCAGCGCAUCCCAUGAGGUUUACGCAGGCGAGCGACCGGCCACUACCCGGGAGGGAGCAACCGAAACCGGCGUGAGCUCGUCGGCUACCGCGGCAGCUGUGGGCUCCAUGCUGGGGAUGUACGGGGGUCCGUGGGCUCCCAACUACAGUGCCUUUCUGCCGUACAGCGGAGCCUCAGACCUCGCUCUCAUUUCGCAGAUGAGUUCCCAGUAUGAGUUGAAGGACAGCACGGGCUCCCACCCUGCGUCUCCCCUUCCUGUCCAUGCUGCUCAAGGGUUCUACCCAUAUGGUCAGUACCCAUACGGAGACCCAUCCAGGGCCAAGACCGCCACCAGGGAGACCACCAGCACCCUGAAGGCCUGGCUACAGGAGCACCAGAAGAAUCCAUACCCCACCAAAGGAGAAAAGAUCAUGCUUGCUAUCAUCACCAGGAUGACGCUGACGCAGGUCUCGACGUGGUUCGCCAACGCUCGCCGACGACUGAAGAAGGAGAACAAGGUUACCUGGGGCCGCAGCGCCGAGGACCGGGACGGGCGCAUUUUUAGCAGCGACAACGAGGACGAACACGGCAAGAACGGAAGCGACGACGAAGACGAGGAGAUCGACUUGGAAACGGUCGAUAUUGACAAGCCCCAGGAGGAGCAGACGGCGCGGGAGCAGGGAGAGGAGGAGACGGAGAGAGCGGCCUCGCCGCCUCGCAGCUCGGAGACUCUCUCACUGGAGGGCCUGAGAGACGCGCCGGCCGCUGUUGCGCUAAACAAAUCUCCCGUGGAUCUUUCACCGAGCAGACAGAGACUGCCGCAAAGUAAACCUAAAAUCUGGUCGCUGGCCGAGACGGCCACGGCUCCGGAUAGCGCGCACAAAUCGACUCUUAUAGCGCACCACCAGUCGGCUUUGGCCUCCGCCGGCCUGCCUGGCUUACUGCCGCCGGGUCAUGGGAUAUACACAUGCCAGAUUGGCAAGCUGCACAACUGGGCCAAUGCGGCUUUUUUGAACGCCAACUCGCUUUUGAACAUGAGAUCGCUCCUCGGUGGAGCGCCGGCCGGACACCUGUCUCUGCACGGAGCGGUGCCGUCUGCGCGCCAUGACGCGCGACCAGCGGCCACCGGCGCUGGAACCUCCGGCACUGAAGAGGACAGUGAUGCGGAUUCUUCGGGAAGCCUCAGUCCCAAAAGAGACGAUGAUGAGAAUGACCACAGACCCAGUUCCAUGAAGUCUUCAUUCCAGUUGAUCACAGACAGGCAUCACCAUGGGACGACACCACAGCGGGUUCUGACGUCAACGCUAUGAGAACAAUGAAAAGAAAGAAUUUAAAGGGAAAAAAAAUAUUUAAUGAAGUUUAACGAAGGCUAUUUUCUAUUGUACGGUCACAGCUUAUACUUGCGGAAAUGGUUUUUGACUUGCUCGUAUCUCUCUUUUUGUUGCCUGUUAAUCUUAUUUCCUCUUUGUUGUGAAUGAAAAUAUUGAGAAUUGUAAAUACAAGAUAUGAAUUUGUCUUAAAAGAAUAUAUUUUUGUGGGAAUUGACUCUGUGUCUUUUAUAGAGAGAUUGUUAACGAUUAUGUGACCGCGGGUUUUAUUUGUUGAUACCAGUUUGAUAAUAUACAUAUCUGUACAUGCUCACAGUAUAUAUGUAAAAUCUGAAUUUUGAAGCCAAGCAGAUUAAAGUAGUUAAACAUCUUAGAAUUAAUUAGUGGUCUCCUACUCUUUACAACUGAUGUGUCUGCAAUAAAUGUUUAUUAUUAUAUGUUUGGACAGAGCUGGUUAGCUCGCUAUCAGGCUGAAGAAAGA